CCAAGGUUUGAACCAAAGCUACAUCUCUACCACCAUCCAAUUAACCUUCAAUGCUGCAACGCCGCCCUUCAUUUCAUCCACUUCCUCAAACCAUUGAGCUUGCUUCAACUCUUUAUUUCCCACGCCUGCUAGUUGGACUUUGGGCUCUAAGCAGUGACCGUUGGAAUGAGCCUGUAGCUGAACAUGCUGUGAUCAAUGAUCUCCGACAAUACUACCAGAAUGGUAUGAUCGGUUUUGAUAUGGCUGAUAUAUAUGGUCCCGCAGAGAAGAUAUAUGGGUCUUUCAUUGAAAGCUUGAAGACAAACCCUCCAAGCUCUCAUCUUUCAUCGCAUCUACCACAGCCUGUCAGUAUGACCAAAUUUGUUCCGCGGCCUGGGAACAUGUCUAUGGAGGUGGUCAAGGCAGCCGUGGAAGCGUCACUCAGCAGGAUGAAAGUGGAUUAUAUCGACUUAAUACAGUUUCACUGGUGGGACUACAGUGACAAGAGAUACCUGGACGCCGUUGCUCACCUUCAUGAACUGACAAAGCAAGAUCAACCGCUUGUACGACACAUUGGACUAACUAACUUUGACUCUGACCGCUUGGAGGAGAUUUGCUCCAAGGUCCCAAAUAUCCGAACAAACCAGGUUCAAUUCUCCAUCAUAGAUACUCGACCGGAAGGCAAAAUGCGCAAAGUUUGUGAAAGAUAUAAUGUAAAGCUUUUGACUUAUGGAACUUUCUGUGGUGGUCUUCUUUCUGAAAGGUACAUUGGACAACCCCCGCCACAAAAUUUGACUCCGUCUCAGGAGAAAUACCUCCAAACCAUUCUGCAAUGGGGAAGCUGGGACCUAUUCCAGGAACUCCUGCGAUUGCUGGAUGCAAUAGCUAACAAGCAUCAAUGCACGAUUGCCAACGUUGCGUCAAAGUACGUGUUAAGACAGCCUCAUGUUGCUGCCGUGAUCGUUGGUGCUAGGUUUGGCGUAGCUCAACACAUUGAAGAAAACUGGAAGAGUUUGGAAUGCAAUCUAAGUGAUGAAGAUCUGGAGAAAAUCCAAGCUAUACAACAAAAAGGUCGCAAAUUAGAAGAUGUAAUAGGAGAUUGUGGAGAUGAAUACCGAUAGUUUACAUCGAAAAAUCUGAGUGAAAGUUUAUGGUCAUCAAGAACAAAAAUUGGAUAAUGUUGAAAUACAAUGCUUUUUAUAAAGAAAAAUCAAAUAAACGAUACUCAGUUGCAAACUAAGUACAAUGAAUCCUAACAUGUUAACUACU